AAAAGGAACUGCUAUAGUGGAUCUCUCUGGGAAUGGUGACCCCUCCUCAAUUUGUACUGUAAUGCGAAGUGAUGGGACUUCUCUCUAUGCAACCAGAGAUCUCGCAGCUGCUAUAGAUCGAAUGGACAAGUAUAAUUUUGAUACAAUGAUUUAUGUGACAGAUAAAGGGCAAAAAAAGCAUUUUCAUCAAGUUUUCCAAAUGCUGAAGAUCAUGGGAUAUGAAUGGGCAGAAAGGUGUCAGCAUGUGCCCUUUGGAGUAGUGCAGGGAAUGAAGACUCGAAGAGGAGAUGUUAUUUUUCUAGAAGAUGUCUUAAAUGAGAUUCAGUUAAGAAUGCUACAAAACAUGGCUUCCAUUAAGACAACUAAAGAACUCGAGAAUCCAAAGGAGACUGCAGAGAGGGUCGGGCUGGCAGCACUUGUUAUUCAGGACUUCAAAGGUUUACUCUUAUCUGACUAUCAGUUCAGCUGGGAUCGUGUUUUCCAGAGUCGCGGGGACACAGGAGUCUUCCUACAGUACACACACGCCCGCCUCCAUAGUUUGGAAGAGACUUUCGGAUGUGGUUAUCUGAAUGACUUCAACACUGCUUGUUUACAAGAGCCACAGUCUGUUUCAAUUCUCCAGCAUCUUCUCAGGUUUGACGAGGUGCUUUAUAGAUCAUCUCAGGACCUUCAACCCAGGCACAUUGUCAGUUACCUUCUAACUCUAAGUCAUCUUGCAGCUGUGGCACACAAAACGCUGCAAAUAAAAGAUAGUCCUCCUGAAGUGGCUGGGGCCAGACUUCAUCUUUUCAAAGCUGUCCGUUCUGUCCUAGCCAAUGGAAUGAAACUUCUUGGAAUAACACCUGUAUGUAGAAUGUAAUUUCUAAUUAAAAUGGCUUUUUAAAUGCUAAAUGAAUUCUAGUUAUCUAUGCUUAGAUGCUUUGCUAUUCAGAAUAAUAGGAUUUAAACUAUUAUUCUGUGUUAGCAUCGAUAUUUUAAGUGUAAGUGACUUACAAACUUUUUCAGUCCUUAUCCUUAAGAAAAAAAUCAUCUGAGUUCCCUCAUGGUCAGUAGGUACUUAGUCAUUUGUAAAACUAAGAUAAGUCUUUUUAAACUCAAAGCAUUGUGGUCUAAUGGGAGUAAAGGAUUAAAGUUUAAAUUCUGACUUGAAGUUUCUUACAGUGUGAUUCUUCCAGAAACUAUUCUUAGAACUGAGAUGACCUAAUGUUUUUAUCAAAUAGAAUAAUUGGUGAGGAAAAAAAAUCUCGAUUUUCUUAUAAUUGUGGCUAGUUCCGAAUAUAGAGAGAUCAGAAAUAAGCAUCUUUUUGCCAGUAUAGCUGACAACUACUCCCAGAGAGAACAGACCUCAUGCUUACCUUUUAGUUGAUAAAUAUGAGGGUACUUCUGAACUUUCAUAGAAUGAUUCAUAUCUUUUAAUUCUAUUUUUCCACAACCUUUUUGAAGUACCCUCAUACAUGUUAACUCCUACUAUGUGAACUCAGCACUGAAAAACCUUUGUAUAGCAAGGAAUUACUUGUACAGACAUUGUAUUAGGAUCUUUCUGUAAAAUGUAGUCCAUUAAUUAAACCAUAAUUUGAAAUGGAA